AUGUGCCACGUGAGGGUGCAGCACGUCGACACAGAGCCACCAGCCAUAAAGGGCAAGGUGGACGACUGUGGCCACGUCUGCAUUCCAACCCGCACGAGAGAGACCACAGACGCAGGGAAAGGCAGGCCACAGAGUACCUUCAUAGGCCUUUCCUCCCAAGGCUCCCCUGACCUGGCCUGGCCACCCUUCAGGGCAGCUGCCCGUUCUCCCAAGAGCCCAGUCCAUGGCUUCUACACUCGCUCUGAAGUCACCCGUCUGGUCACCCUGGGACACCCCACACCUCCGCCGUCCUGCCUUCCACCCGCCCCACCUCAACUGCCCCCGGUGUGGGCCUUGGGUGUCCAGAUCCUCAUGAGUCACACAGGCCCUGCACCCCCAUCCCCUCUGAUCUCACCCCCCACCACUCCCCUCCCGCUCACCAUCACGGCCGCCCCAGCCCCCUGGCAGCCGCCACGCACAGCAGCCCUGAGCCCUCCACCCCCCAGCGACUUGGGCACAUGCACCUCUCCCAGCCUCCAGCAGGUGACGGACAGUCCCAGCAAGGCCAGAGCCCCGUGA